AUGCGUUCAAUCAUUAAAGUCAUCUUUGCUGCACUUCUGUUUGCGAACAGCAUCUCGAGAGCUGCUGGCUUUCCUGGUCGACUUCAAUUACGAGAUGAUCAACAUUAUGAUGAUUUAAUUGCUUCAGAACGGCAGAGUGAAGAGGGUGACUACGAUCAAACUUACAAUGAAUUGGAACAGCUUAUCAGUCAUUUAACAGAAGAUGAUAGGCAACUUGUCUACACUAUCAUUCAAUUGACUGCAUUGGUUGAAAGCCGUUCAUGCAUAAAAGAUGAAGAAGCACGAAAUAAUUUCGGUAACGAUUUAUUCAAUUCUUAUGCAAAACAGUAUGGCAUGUUCCGAGUUGAAUAUUAUAAAUUACUUGAUAAAAUCGAUAAAGCGGAUCAAGUAAUCUUGAAGAAGUUGGUUGAUAGAACAAAAGUAACGGCAUUGAAGAGGUGUAAACUAUUAUUCGAUGAUGAAUAAGGAAACUGUUUUAACCACACUUAUACUCUUAUCGCGGUAUUAUAUGUAGUUAGACAUAUUCAGACUUUUUAAUUGCAUAAUAAAAUUUAAAAAUCAGUGGUAGCCAUCGCAUAAGAUGAAGCAAUUGUAUGUAUUUUAUCGAG